GCCUCAUGUUCUCGCAAAUCUACAGCCGCGCCCGCAGUCUCCUCAGCCGGACGCCCUCAGAACAAGAUACAUCGACCAUACAAUCACUGCAAACGGACCCCUAUACUGGUCCACACGGAGCCAUGGUCGCAACGAGACGCCCCGCCGUUGACUCUGGGAAUGCAAAAGCACGCUCCAAAAGAACACUAGAUGAUUCCUCUUCGCCAGUGUCUGAUGCCAAACGGAAACGGCCUGCCGUGGACCACGCCGAUGGUGGCAGCAACAGUUCGGAAACCCUGCUAGACACAAUUGUCGUGCAUGUGCGGGAAGAGAGGGAUGCAGAGGGCAACGUGCUUGACCUUCGGGAACAGCUCUUGAAGGCUGCUCAGGGAGAUGAAACUUCUGCUGAACGUUUGGUUUUGCGGAGUCACCGGGAGUUAUCCGAAGAGGACGUCGAGGGCGUUGAGAGUACGAAAGAGAGCUCUAGCAGACACACCAAAAGCUCUGUUCCUAUCAGUCCCAGUAGCAGAUCGACAGCUUCAGCUUCACGACCCACACGAGUCUCGCCUUCGCCACGCACCCAACGUCCGGUUCAGGAUUCGGAAACCUCUGAACAGAGGUUGAGCAAGACCACCCCUUCUGCCUCACAAGAUUUCAUCUCUACAACACCUGUUGGAAGCCAACAAGCCGGCACGCCGUCACGUCAAUCUAAAGUGCAAAAUCGUCAAGCUUCUUCAUCACAAUUGGCAGUGGACAAAUCUCGCCCAAGAGAAAAGGGUAGAAAGAGCAUAGAUUCCACGACAGACGAAGCCAUCGACACCACUUCAGACCCUCUGAAAUUUACAUCAGCAGCAUCAACCACCCGAAAGCACAUUCGCUUUGGCAGCGAGGAGCCGGAAGUACCCCUAGACACAUCGCCGCCACUCGCUACAAUUGAGAGCCAUACCGCCCCAGCAGACGAAGACUUGUCUAGCGAUGACGACGAAGCCCCUGAGACCAUCACGCAUGCUUCAGCUAUUCAACAGACUAAGGCCUCGGCGGCAGAAGCAAGCAAAGCCAUCGGAGAAGCAGUAGCGGCCUCGGAACGCAAACGCCAAGAACGCGCAGAACGACGGGCCGAGGAGCAGAAGCAAAAGCAGCGUCGCCAGGAAAAGUCGGCAAAGAAGGCUCAAAAGAAAGCCUCCAAGCUGGCUCGGCUCGAUACAGAGCUUCCUGAUCUGCUUCCAGAAUCCUUACUUGCGGCGGCUCCCGAAAAGCGUCCUCUGACACCACCGCCUGAGUUCAUCGACACAAGCGUGGAGGACCGCAAAGUCGAGCAGCAGAAGCGGCAUAUCAAGUUCCUUGAACAGGCCGACAGGUACGUCAAAGAUGUCAAGCGUGGACCGAUCCGCAUGCGUGUCUUGGCCAAGCCUAAUGAGCUCUUGACGCCGAAGGUGAAUCUGGGCUCCCGGGGACUAAGAGAGCACUGGCUGAGGGGCCGGGAGAAGGGCAAGGGAAAGGGGGCUGACAAGAAGAGUACGCGAAAGCCGCAGAAGCCCAAGGCAAUGGAGCGGAAGAGCUUUGGUGGGUCUUUCUUGAGGAAGAAAGCCGAGUUCUGAUAGAUGGGUGUGUCACGGGUAGAGAGAAAAUGUGCUUGAAGCAAGCCGGCGUAGUAUCAGUCAGUCCCAUGCGGCUAUAAACUUCUGUUCUUCUGUGUCCUGUUUGUAGGCAUCUUCAAUCAAGCUUAGGUACUUCGUAGUCUGAAGCUACUCCGAAGAAUCUGAUCUACAAUCUCGCCUCACCAUCCUUGAACAUUCUAAAAGGUGUGGCACACCU